AUGGAAAACUGCACGGAUUCCUUUUACUUCAAGUUUACCAUGUUUGUGAACAUCGGAAGCUACUACUAUGUUGCCUUUGUCUUUUCCCUCCUGCUCUACAGCUUCAUCGUCUCUGCCAAUCUGGUCAUAAUACUGGUGAUCUCACGGGAGAGGUCGCUGCACGAGCCCAUGUACAUGUUCAUUGCCUUGUUGUCUAUCAACUCUCUGUGCGGCUCCACUGGUUUCUUCCCCAGAUUCCUCAUGGACCUUGUGUCUGAUUCUCACUUGAUCUCACGUCCAGCCUGUUUCACUCAGAUCUAUGUUAUUUACAUGUACGGUUGCUGUGAGAUGACCAUUCUGGGCAUCAUGGCUUAUGAUAGAUACGUCGCUGUGUGUCAGCCUUUGCAUUAUCACAGACAGAUGACUUCUAGAACAGUUUUUAACUUGAUGGUAAUUGCUUGUUUUUUUCCUAGUUUGUUCGUCACAGCGAUCAUCUCUCUGUCUGCCGUGCUCCCUCUUUGUGGUAAUGAGAUACAAAGGGUGCAUUGUGCUAACUGGAAUGUUGUGAAAUUAUCAUGUGUCCCCACCUCAGUCAACAACACUGUAGGUUUGCUUCUAACAAUAAGCAUAGUUUUCCUUCCUCUUUUGUUUGUGCUCUACACCUAUUUACGAAUUGUGGUUGUUUGCUGGAAUAAAUCUGCAGAAUUCAAAAGGAAAGUUUUACAGAGCUGUCUGCCACACAUAGUUUCAUUCGUGAUUUACUCCAUUGUGGGAUUUUGUGACAUCGCCUUGAGCCGGUAUGAUCCCGAUGAGCUCAACCCAUUCGUGGCUGUGAUCCUGUCGCUGGAAUUUGUCGUCAUUCCUCCAGUUCUGAAUCCGCUUGUGUACGGGCUGAAGUUACCAGAAAUCAGACGACACAUUGUACGGAUGAUUCCAUGGAAUAAGCGAAAAUCAGUUAGAACCACACCACAGCUUGUUACAUGA